AAUCGUGUAAAUUUCGAAUAAAUAGAAUUACACUUGUAGUUCGGUAUAUAUAAAUUCUAUUUUAAGAGGUACACACACGACGCCAUUUUCUGUUUAAAGUGUAUAUACAUGAUAUAUGUUGUGUGCAGUAAAAGAAUUUAAUGGUACCACAUACCUCCAGCUAUGUCAGAUAAAAGAAACCAAUCACAAGAAGCGACACCUGUCGACGAAGACGACAAUGACGUCAUGAUCACUGAAGUAACAUCAGCACCUAGCUUUCCUACUAAACCAAUCCCCAGACAAUCAACCACAACCAACAGGAAACAUAUGCCUCCUACAAAUGCACUGAAUGUUAUGACGAAAAUGGGACUAAAUACCACAAAUCCUAAAAUUUUACAAGCAUUGAAGGUUAUGCAAGGGACCAAAUCCAAGAGGGGACCAAAGGAAAAGGCUACUUUCCAGAGAUAUAUAUACUGUCUACCAGAUAAAUCUUCUAAGUUACCAAGAUUUUCAUCUUCAGACGAAACGGAGAGAGCUAUUGUGAAGCAGCAUCAAGACCAAGGCUUUGGAUAUCCCCAAAACGACUACAACUCAGGCUUGCCAUCAAGGACAAAAUUAGAUCUGUAUUUAACACAAAGAGGAUUUGACUCCUUUUUGAGGAACACCUACCCUAAGCUUGCCAAGAAAAACUACGACAUUUACAAGAUAGAUAAACAAAGACGUUUGUUACGGAUAGCCACGUAUACACCAAGAGCUAUCAAAGACACGAAAUACCAGGGCAGCUUGAUUAUAAUUCCUUAUGAUGAUCCUAGCGACAGACCACCAGGAACCUUGUACAGAUAUGCUAGUGGACCAGAAGAGUACAUGUUUGAAUAUUCAGUAAUGGUUAGUCCAAGAAACAAAGACGAUGCUCUUAAUUCAAGCCAAACACAACAAUCAGACGAGGCUUCUUUGACCUUUUCUGAUCAACAGCAGCAACUUACAGAUGCUAUUACUUCCAGCGUAAAUACAAUUCUCUCUCAUGAAUCUCAAAAUAAGAAUCCCGAAGCCACUGAAACUGAACAGUUCGUCAUUAAGAUAGAAACGGAUAGUAGUGAUGCUGAAAUGGAAACAACAGUGAGUUCUAGUAAAGUGAUACAAGAGGAAUUACCACGUGACACAACUCACAAAGAAGCUGAUACAUCACAGCCAGCAGGUCUCAAAGAUCUUUUUGGUAUUUUUGAAAGAACUGAACAUUUGAGGAACCAGUUAAAAGACAAUGUAUUCUAUAUACACAUCGACGACAAUGAUUUGGUGCAUAGUAUUUUGCAAGUGUACAGACAGUAUUUGAAUAUCUUGGAACACAAAGUUGUCGUCUGUUGCAUAAAUCACCAGGUGAACGAAAACGAAAGACAUCAGCAAAAUCCGAUCCAGCCAUACUUAGUUAGAUUUUGGGACGAAAUCUUCGAUUUAUGUUUCGAAGGUGAUAAGGAAAAGAUUCCAAUAUGUUCUUCUGAUAUGCCUGAGGACAUUUUUCUCAUUCUCGGGCGCGUGAUGUAUCAUGGGUUAAUUCUUCAAAAUUAUUGGCCUGUCAGGUUUUCGCAAGCUUGCUGUUCUAUCAUUAUAACAGACACUGUUUCAGAUAAACAGCUUGCAGAGUCAUUUCAAAAGGUGCUUUCAGAUGACCAGAAAAACGUUGUUGCAGCAGCGAAAGCAGAAAUACGAUCUGGAGUUGCAAUAUUCGACCUAGCUACACAGGUAAAUCUUUGCCGGACUCUGCGUUCCUAUGGAAACACAACAAAACCUGACCCAAGUACCUUAAACGAAUGUCUGAUGAAAUUAGCGAAGUUUUCGUUGAUUCAAAGACCAUAUUGGUGUUUAUCCCAGAUAAGAUGUGGUUUACAAACAAUUCAUGGUAAUUUAUUUCAGAACGUGGAAGAAAAAGAUGUGUUCAUGUUUUAUUCAGCAUUGACCCCAUCUGCAUUAUCGUUAUUUGACAAAAUUGUUUACUUGUUUUCAACUUGUGACGAAGAUCCAGAACUUGAAAUCGAAGAAAAAAGAGUCAAAAUUUAUUUGGAGAAUUUUAUCAUGAGUUUUCAUUCUUCAAAGCUUGCAAAGCUUCUUCUUCGAUGGUGUCAGACAGAUUGUCUUAAUAGUACUCACGUUUAUGUGAGAUUCGCCAAAUCAUCAGUUUGCCAAAGACCUAUAUUUGACGCGGAUGUUUCUACAAUGACUCUGUCGUCAGUUUAUACGUCACAAGAAGAAUUUUCACUCAUUAUGUCGCAAGAAAUAUAAAAAUGUAGU